GGAGGAGGAAGGUGUGCGUCCGUUCUUCCCUCGCGUGUGCUGGCAGUGUUACCAGUUUGUGGUAGUGUUAUUACGCUUUGGUGACUCUAGUGGGAAUUUUUAAUCUUAUUUCUUACUGAAUAUUAUCAUGUGAAAGAUUCUCCGUGGAUUAUUUGUCGCGUCAAAUACCUCCGUGUGGUGUAUCGUGAACUAGUGAAGUAAAUUCUAAUAGCAAAAGGAUUAUUUUAAUGCAUCGAUGGAUUGUCAAAGAGCUACCGAGGCUGGCGCGUGAAGUAUGAGUUCCUGCUGGGCAUAGUGCGAGAGCCGAGUCGUCUGCUGCCGGACUCCCUGGCGAAGGAGCUCCAGAUGGUCGAGGCGAAGCGCCAGGGCUACGCCAUCGAGAGGGCGCUCGUGCAGGCCAACCUCGACACGUGGGAGACCAUGGGCGGCAGCAAGGGAAGGAGGCUCAAGGACAAUCGUCCAGAGAGCAUCAGGUCGCUGUACGAGCAAGUGGCUAACCUGGACUGCAUGUUAACUUCGCUGGAGACACAGAUCGACGUUCUCUCCUCGGUCAAUAAUAACUUGCCCAAAGAAUUCCAUGACACGUUCCACGACUCCGGCACGAGUGGCCAUGAGCCGGACAGCCUCGAGGCCAUCCAGACGGUGGUGAGCGGAGACAUGGUCGAAGGAGGACGCCUCCCUCCCUCGCCUCCUGACGGCGACGCUGAAGGAGGAGGAGGCGGGGAAGAAGGGGGAGGAGGAGGAGGAGGACGGCCGAGCGAGGCGGCGGUGCUUCUGCAUCUGGAGCGCUGCGCCCAUCGGCAGACCCGCCGGUGCUUCCAGGAGAUGAAAGAGCGCUACGAGGCCCUGCAGCACCAGCUCAACCAGAGGGCCAUCAAGGUCGAGCACUCGGUCAGGAGCGUCGGCAGCGCCCUGGAGAGCCUCCACAUCGAGCACGAGUCGACCCUGAACUCACUCGAGUCACUCAACUCAGUCAACUCGAACGACCGACUCGUGGACGAACUCAAGCUGCGGGAGAUGACGAUCAGCCAGCUGCGGACCCGUGUUCUCCAGCUGGAAAAGGACAGACUGGACAAAGUGCCUCUAGACGCUGCCAAGGAGAUCAACCGACUCAACAAUAAUUUGAUUCAGCUGGAGAAACAGCGCGACGAACUCACGCUCCACAACUUCACCCUCAAGUCCCAGCUCUCGGACGUAGCCAGCAAGAUCAACGACCCGGCAGCAACGUUCCAAGUUAAUAAAGACCCCCCACUGAGCCUGAAAGAAAACGGAAGCCUCAGAGAAAACGGGAAUCUGAAAGAAAAUGGGAAUGCCAAGUCCAAGACCUCAACGGACGAUCCCGACGUGGUCAAAGUCCUCCGAAAAGCGACUUACAAGGUCUCGGGAGACACCCAAAAGCUCCGUCAGCUGUGCACCGAGUUCGAUGCCAAAGAGGAAGACUACAAGAAGCGCAUCCACGACCUGGAGACCGAUCUCAGAAACCACCAGAACGAAAGCACGAAGACACACGACCGAGAUAUAAGGGCGAUGGAGAACAGGAUGGAGAUGGUGGCGCAGAAACUCGAGGCGGCCGAAAGGUACAUGGCCGGCAAGGAGGAGGAAUGUAACAUGCUCAAGUUGGACCUCGACACGCUCAACGAGGAGAACAAGAGGCUUAAGGAGAACCUCAAUGAUAUGAUGUUGAAGCUACAGGACUACGAAGAAAUACUGGCGCAGAAGAAAACCCUGAACGAGCAGUAUUCCCGCAUUUUGGAAGAACACCGGGUGCUUUCUGAAGACUUCAACCGAGAAAGGGUUCUCAGAAAGAAGUACUACAACCAGGUGGAGGAAAUGAAGGGCAAGAUCCGCGUGUUCUGUCGCGUGCGGCCGAUUACCGAGUCCGAACGGCGGCGCGGCAGCAGCGGCAGCGGGAGCAGCGGCGGUGGCGGCGCGGGCGAUGCGUCGAUAGUGGUGACCGCGGAGGACGAGUAUUCGCUGAGCCUGAACACCCAGCGCGGAGGUCAAAGGUCGUUCCUGUUCGACAGGGUGUUCAAACAGCACGAGGAUCAGGAGGCCGUCUUCAGGGAUACGCACGCCCUAGUUCAGUCCGCCCUCGACGGGUACAAUGUCACCAUUAUGGCCUACGGCCAAACCGGCUCCGGCAAAACCUACACCAUGCUGGGCACGCCCGAGGAACCUGGCAUCGCACCCAGGGCAUUCACGAGGCUCUUCCAACUCUUGGACGAAGGGCGCGCCCGGCAGGAGGCAGCCGUGUCGACGUAUAUGUUGGAAUUGUACAAUGAUAAGCUGAUCGAUCUUCUUAAGCCGGCUGUCGGAACGGAUACUGACCGCCUGGAGAUCAAACGCGACAAGAAGGGCGCCGUGCACGUGCAGGGGGCCGCCGUCCGCAGCGUGUCCUCCGCGAGCGAGCUGAACAGGGCCUUCAACGAGGGGCUGGCCAACAGACACACCGCAGCCACCAAGAUGAACGUGGAGAGCUCGAGGUCGCAUCUGCUCAUCGCUGUGUGUCUGAGCAUCACCUCCAAGCAGACGGGCUCUGUUCUGAGGGGAAAGCUGACCUUGGUUGACCUGGCCGGAAGCGAGCGGGUCAGCAAGAGCGGCGCGUCGUCGGAUCAGCUAAAAGAAGCGAAUUCCAUCAACAAGUCCCUCUCGGCGCUCGGUGACGUUAUCUCCGCGCUGUCUUCGGAAUCAUCGUUUGUUCCCUAUAGGAACAGCAAGCUCACAAUGCUCCUCCAGGACAGCCUCGGGGGAACAGCGAAGACCCUGGUGUUCGUCAACGCCUCGCCAGCUGCGUAUAAUGCGGACGAGACGCUCAUUUCGCUCAUGUAUGCAACGAGAAUAAAGCAGAUUACAAACAACGUAUGUAAGAAUGCCGACAACAAAGAAAUAACAAGGUUAAAAUCGGUCAUCAGCAAACUCAAAAAAGGCGAAGAGAUUGAUGAAGAGGCGUUGCAAUGAGACUGCAAUCUCCUGAAUGAAUGCAAAAGAAAAAAAAACUCCAUAAGAAUAUCUUCAACGAAAAUGAAAGUGGGAGUUUUUUUUUUUAAUACGUGUAGAUACGCAUGUACAAAUUAAUUCCCGGUUAUAUAUGUGACUAAAUUAAAAUGGAAAGAAGGUGUAGAUUCGGUUUUUAAUGUUUAAUGAAAACGUCCCGAAUAGUGUAGACUGUGCACUGUAAAUAAUUUUACUUAGAUAAUUUGAAAAGUAAUCCACGCAGAGCUUAAUGAAGAUUGUUAUAAUGACUGCUCAACUGUUGAGAAUUAACUCUGGAAAUAGCUAUAUUCCUUAUAAUUUUGAUUAUUGGUUUAUGAUUACUGCAGGAAUAGGAUAAUGUCUAUGUAUAGUAUGUCUUCGUAUCAUGUAUCAAUUAUGUUACUUAGGAUACUACUGAACAUAGUUACAACAGAGGUAGUAACAUAUUUUCUUGAAAACUGAUUUCAUUAUUAUUGUCUUAUCGGCUCUAAACUGUGUAUAGAGCCGACAACAGUGUGAUAAAGAUUAUGUUUAUUAUUGGAAAUUUUACAUGUUUCAUUAUAAAUCAUUUAUAAUUAGAUUAACAAACUCUGCAGUGGAUGAGCAUAUAUACAAAAAUAUUUCUGUGAUUUUAACCGGACCAUAUUUAUGAAACAGAAGAGCUUAGCGGAGCGCAAUUAGUGGGUGUUUUGUGAAUUCAGUCAAAUAAUACCACAUAUUUUACUGCAGUUGAGUGUAAAUUUAGUCUUACGAGUUCAUGGGGGAAAAGGUAUAUUUUCCCUUUGUGCUAUUUAUGUAUGAUCUCUAAUUUUAUACAACCGGUAUGUAUAAAUUUUUGUAGAAUAACUUAUUUUUGCAUUUUGCCAAAGUAGAGGUAUUUGUAUGAAAUAUGGAUGCCCGUUUUCCAUAAUGUAAUCAUAUCACACACAGAAUGCUUAUUAUAUAGCAACUAUUUCGUCAUCAUCAUUGUAAAUACCAUCCUCAUGUACUGUUUCAUUUUAGUGGAGUCGUUAAUGUCCUUGUGUGAAAAUAAGGAUUUAUAUGGUUAGAAAUUAUAGAUGUCUAAAAUAGAUUGUGAGUAUCUUGGCCAAAUACAGAAUUGGAAAAUUG